GCUUUUAUACCGUUUAUUCUAGACCAGGUCGAAGCAGGAUCUGACUCGACUUUAAAUCUAAAUACAAGUCUUGAUGGCAAAGGGGUUUAAUGGUGUUUAAGUAAGACGAUAAACCCAUUUGUAUGCAAUCGAAGGGGUUUAUCUUCUCACCUAAGCUCCGUUACUACUCUUAUUUUGAAGGGAAUGCUUUUUUUCCCCAUUGGGUGUAAAACUUUUCUCUGUGCAGUCAGCAGCACCGCCUCCGCGAUUUGCGUGGCAGCGUCUGAACUCUACCCCGCCACCACGUCAUUCCUGUCAGGGCGCUUCAUUCUUCCGCUACCUUUGGGAUCCGAGCAGAGAAAAAGUGCGCAGGUUCGAUUCCCCCCCAGAACCAUGAUGACUGGAUUUCGGCUGAAUCUGUCCCCGCUCAAAGAGCCGCUGGGCUUCGUCAAACUGGUGGAGUGGUUGACAGCCAUCUUUGCGUUUGGAAGCUGCGGUGGUUAUUCCGGAACAAACGUAAUCUCUCUCUUCUGUGGAAAUGGGACGAACGAGACGCUCUCCGCUGCCUUCAGCUACCCCUUCAGGUUAAGCCAGGUUUCACUGGUCGAGUCAAACCUGACUUUCUGCAACCACACGGCUGGCCCCACCCACCUGGUGGGAGACUCCGCCUCCUCGGCAGAGUUCUUUGUGGGCGUGGGCGUGGUCUGCUUCCUGUACUCCAUGGUGGCGCUGCUGGUGUAUCUGGGCUACAUGCACGUGUACAAGGACUCCGACUUCGGGCCCAUCAUUGACUUCCUGCUGACGGCGGCGCUGGCCUUCCUCUGGCUGGUGAGCUCGUCGGCGUGGGCCAGGGGGCUGCAGACCGUGAAGCACGCCACCGGGGACGCGGGCAUCGCCGCCACGCUGGGCGUCUGCGCGCAGGGCGACGUCACCUGCCGUGUCACGGAGUUCGCCAGCCUGCGGUCCCUGAACGUCUCCGCGGUGUUUGGCUUCCUGAACCUGUGUGUGUGGGCGGGAAACGCCUGGUUCGUGUACAAAGAGACCCGCUGGCACGCACAGAAACACGGGGGCCAGGCGGCCCCCCAAAGGACCCAGGUCCCCGCAGCCAUAUGAACACACACACACGCACACACACAUCAGAUAAACAUAUGUAAACACACACACACGCACGCACACACACACACACACACACACACACACACACACACACACACACACACACACACACACACACACACACACACACACACACACACACACACACACACACACACACACGCGCGCACACACAGAAACAAGGAUGCUGAAUGUGUGUUCACACUCAUGCAUACACAUCUGUGAAGCGUACACACUGGUGACUAAAAUCACUCGUCCACAAUCCAGCCAGAAUCACAAAUACAAUCAGAGAACACGCACACGCACACACUAAUAGUGCCUUUUGAAGAUGCAGAUAAGGCAGAGUUAAUACUAGAAAAUCCUGUCUUUUUACAAUCGGUUAUAUCGGUGCUAUCAUCCACAUCGUACAAAACUGACGUGUGGAUGACUCAGCCCAACCAUUAAGAGAGGAUAACCUAUGUUUUAAACAGUUUCCCUUGUUCUUGUGCCAUUCCUGAACCUGUGUCUAAAGCCAUAAAGUCCACUUACAAUAAGGCAACUUACAAGUGAUAUACUAUGUCAUAGUCCCCUCCCAAGUCUCAUUCCUUAAUUAUUAUACACUUAUUAUCAUAUGUAUUAUUAUUAUUAUUAUUAUCAAAAGAAGUUGUAGAGCUGUUGUCGAUAUUCUUUGGUGUCAAACUGAAGUUGUCCACUAAAGACUAACAGGCUAGUUGCUACUAAAGAGGGACUCUACUCAAGGUACCAAUUCAGUUUCUCAUUGGGCCAGGGUCUGAAUUCGGUUGAUCUCUAUUCCUGAGGCUGAAAGAGACUCAGAACCAGCCUCUACCAGCAGGUACACACCCAUUGUAUCUGACAGAGAGGGUUAAUGCAAAUCCAAAUGCUUUGGACGAUAAGCACGGGUGAAUCUUGUAAGCGGUACGUUAACCAUUUCCCUUUAGCUGUGAGACACGGCAGUAUUCUCCCGUAGAAAUGUAAACUCGGUUAUGCAUUGUUGGCCGGUGUGUUUUAUAACAUGAAUGCACUCUCUACCCCCUACCAGUUGUGUUGGAGUUUGGUUAUGAUCACCGACCAUACCUUAUGUUACACAAACCAUUGUGAGUUGGUAACAUUAUUAUUACAUCAACAUGAUGUUGUUGUUAUGAUAAUUACACAAUAUUGAACUUUAUACUAUUGUACAAAAGUCACUCUUUUCAUUCAUUCAUUUCGCACAAUUUGUUUUUAUUUAGCUCUAAAUGAGCAGCAAUAAAUUUGAGUUUGACCAGAAGGAAAAGAGGUGUUCAUGUUACGAUGAUGUUAUAAAGAUUUUGAAGUAAACUGAAUUUUGUUCACAUUUGUCCUUUCCAUCCUCUAUGGGACAAGUCUUUUAGUUGCUUUUGACCAAAGCAGCACUUUUUUUAUUCUAGAAAGAUCUGAACGAUCUUAAUCACCCAUUGUGUUAUUUUAUAUAAAAAAAUCCAAUGAAGGACUAUUUGGUGGUUUGUACAAUGGUUGGUGGGUUGUUAUACCUUUGAGAUUACACAGAAACUGUACUUUUGUUUGUUAUUGACAAUAUGAUGGCUUUUAAUUUUUUUAAGUAUUUUUUUUUAAGUGUUGCACAUUGCCUCAGAUCAGGGUUAUGUAUGACCGAGGCCAAAGUGAAGACAUGAAUGUGUGUGUGUUUUGGUGUACUGGUUAUGCCACUGGUUCUGUAAUGUUUCCAGCUAAGCACGUUGCCUCACAAUAGUCACACCAGAUGACAUAUGCCGUUCAGGAGAACGGUAUUCAGCCUCUCUGCCAAAGUUCUUGUUUUUUUUAAAUAAAAGUCAAUAAAUAAAUGCUUUAAAAAA